AGCUGUUAUGUAACAAAAUUAAUUAGCCAUGUCAAUAUGAGUGGGUGGGUGAAUAGGCUGCGGUGUUAUCACCCACUAAAUUAACCACAGUACUCAUUCAAUAGCAUGAUAACACUUCUCAGAUGCAUUAUGGCGGGUAUUUUGCGACCUCUGGCUCUCUUAGACUUAUUACAAAAUGGCUGACCAGCAGAAAGAGACAUUCUCAAGAUCCAAGCUCAAGAGGCUCAAUCGAAAAGCUAGAGUUGACAAAAUUGGCAAGCAGCUGUGUAUGGAGAAGAAGAGCCUUGAAUGUGCCGAGAAAAAUGUUCAGAAUUGGAAGAAGAAGGCAAUAGAUUAUAAACUGGAACUCAACGUGUAUCGAGCUAAGCAAUUACGGACAGGAACUCUGGGAACAUCCUGCAGUCACCAACGACCACUAAAGUUGCUAACAGCAGCCAUGAAGACGAGUGCAAUCAGUCUACCCAAGGCAACUCCAAGAAUGUGUACGAAUGCUGAUAUUAUGCGAGGAGUUACUGUAGUUCCAGAGAUAAGUGAGAAAUGUUUAGCAGAUGGGGGUGGUGAUGUUCAUAUAGGAAAUGGUCGGUUUGGAACAUGCUCUCGUAUGAUUUUUAAAGAGUGUUUUGACGUCUGUGUCAAAACAUUUACUUCCGACUCCUCAAUCGAAUCGAUUAGGCAUGAAGCCAGUAUAUUACUUACAUUAAAUUCCAGCCCUUAUAUACCACACUGUUUUGGUAUUUGUUCCACCAGGAGAGCUUUAGUAAUGUCUAAUGUAAGCGUGAAGCAGCAACAAGUUUCAUUAUAUUCUGCCUUGUAUUCGACUAACGAAAUUAAAUUAAGCCCUAAGACAUGGAUGCAAAUACUGAUCCAAAUUUGUGAUGGUCUAUCAUACAUGCACAAGCUGAGUAUUCUUCACAAUGAUCUUAAAGUAGACAACGUAGUAUUAGGGACUACUUUGUUAGAAUGUAUCCGGCCAUGUAUUGUGGAUUUUGGAAAGGCAUGUAAAGAAAAGCAUGCUAAGAAGUACUGCCUGACCGAGGAACAGAAAGUUAUUUACAUAAAAGAACACACUCAAGUAGCUCCAGACCUCCGCGAUGGGCUUGUUUUACAGAGCACACAGAGCGAUAUAUACUCAUUAGGUAGAAUAAUGAAGAAGAUGAACUCCAUUGUAAUUAAGUCAACUGAACUUGCCCAUGUAAUUAAGGAAUGUCUUUCUUAUCAUGCUCAUGACCGUCCUAGCUUAGAAACCAUUUCUCUUACUGUUGAAUAAUUAUUAUGACUAUGUGACUAAUUAUGUCUUACAUUCAUUCGUUCAUGUUUAAAUCUGGUGCUAGCUUUAACUAUGACAUAGUCUAUGUAUAAUUGUAGGCCAAUCCGUGCUCUCUAAUGGAAGGCUGACAAGGUUAGGUGUAAGUCGGGAUGCGUGUUGACCCAGCCAUUUGUUUGAGAGUCAUUAAAAGCAUUAUGGUAGAGAAUUGGCCUGAAGCAGUUAGUUAUGAGUCACAUAGUGCGUAUUGGCUGCUCAGGUUGGGCCAUGCAUGCAUUAACAAUUAACAAUUAACAAUGAUCAACAACGUUUUUUCACCAGAUUUACACAUACAAUUUCAGAUAGUAGUCUAGGUGACUCUAACAUUUCACCAUUGCUAUUUCUAUAUGUUUUCGGUCCAUACUUAAUUCUAGGACAUACUACAAUAGGAAAAUCUACUGUGCAGCCAUUGCCAUAUCUAUCAUACAAAAUAUACCAACUACCUAUAAAAUAUUCAUCGUUAAAAUCAGUUUGUUGAAGUUGGAGCUUUCCGCGGGUCAUUUGGGUUCCUCGAUCUUUAAAUAGGUAACGAAAUACAUCUAGCCGGAAAUCUAUAGUUAAAUUACAGGAUUUUACAGUACCUAAAUUUAAACUACAUUGAAUGGACAGAACAAAUCUUCUUGUUGCGUCGCUUAUAAGCUCGGUAUG